AAAAGAGAUUCUAAAAUUAUGUCGUUUAAUCUCUUGUUAUACUUUUAUUGAAACGGAUAAAUGUCUGUACCAAUAGAUCCUAGCGUAUUGAAACACGUAUCUCCUCGUGAGAAGUUUAAACUGAUGAAGCAGAAACAAGCAGAAGUUCAGGGAAUUAUUGCCGCUACUCCAUCUGCCUCGGGAUUGCUUGCUCCUCGAACGAUUGUACAAUACCAAGAUAUCGAAAAGCAAUAUAUGGAAUACAUUGAAACGUACAAUGAAGAUCGGGAAGUGCCUGUAAUAGCCUGGACUAAAGAAGGAUUCAAUUACAAUAUGGUCAAUGACUACAUAUUUUUUCGUGCGAUGUUUGGUGUCGGUAGAGUUGAGAAAGUCUUACAGCUAGGAAAGGUAAUCCGUGAAAUAGCUUGUCUCAAUGUCGUGGCAGGUAGAAAAGAUAGAUCACUCAAGCUCUCUGUAGAAGAGAUGAACAAACUGAGAAAUUAUAUGUAUGAGCUUUCUCAAGUCGGACAACUAGGCCGUAAAGGAAAGGACCAGGCAAUCUUCGGUCUACCAGAAGCACUUAUCAUCUCUAGACAUGUUCUUCGAACUGAUCAAGAUAGAUAUUUGAACUACUUGACCUUUCACUUACAAAUUGCUGUUCUCACAUUACUCAUUUGUUUUACUGGUGCACGUCCUAGCUCAUUGGUAGCUGAUGCUAGAAUCGAAAAUCCUGAAUAUCUGAAAUGGAAGCAUAUUCAGUUAUGGCGAGAAGGUCAAGAUAGACGAGGUUAUCAGAUCAUUUUACAAAUCACUAUCCCGCAUUUGAAGGGUCGCAAUAGAUUCUUUUCUGAAGCUAAGCGAAUCAGUAAAAAGACACUCAAGUCUUUUUUAGAUCCUAAUAAGCAAUACGAUGUUCAUCUGGAUGCCACACUCAUGAUCGUUGCCCUUGCAUUUAGACGCCAAGUCGCCGCUUAUGACAGUUUUGAGCAAUGGUGGUCUGGAAAUCAAGCAUUGUUAAAGAUAAAAGAUGAACAAAAAGAGCAACCUGUUUUCGUAAACCACUCAUAUGGUGUGUCCGAAAAAACUCCAUGGAGUACAGAUGCAGUAACCCAUACUUUCGCAAGAGUUAUUCGAAGCUCAGGAUUAAAUCGCAAGUUUCAACCAAAAGGAACUCUCUACUCAUUUCGAAGAAAUUUUGCACAGCAAAUGAAUGAUAACUUGUCCGCGCAACCUGCAUCUAGUUUAAUAGGCCAUAAUCCUUACAGCCAUACUCUCAAAAAGAGCUAUGCUGGUGAUUUUGAGCGGUUAGAUCUGACAACAUUAGUACAUACCGGUGAAGCUACUCAAGCCUCAACGAUGAGUGUGUUGCUAAAACCACAUGCAUUCCACAUCGCGGAUAUCAAAAGAUAUAACUUAACUCCUACUGAAAUCCAGUGUUAUGUACUUCAAGACGAAACACUCAUAGCGCUGAAAAACAAACGUGAAGUUUAUGUGUAUGAAAGAGAGCAAAAAUACGGAAAGAAACAGAAAUCAUACUGGGAAAAAGAAGAGCUCAACAUUCUUAGAAAAUUCUAUGAUCAAGUAAAGCGAAGAAAAAGGUACUUGACGCUGCGUGCGCUGAAAGCGAAACAUGAAAAAAUCUUUGGUGAAUUAGAAGAGCACAUACAAGUUGAUCAAGAUGGUAAUGUAGCUUUAGAUGAGACAGAGCUACUACGAAAGUAUGGUGUACCACUCAUUAAUUCUCAAGAAGAACUUUUAGCUGAAGAUGAAGCUUUUGAGAAGCAAAUUCCUAGUGACAUUGCAUUGGUUGAGGAAAUAGGAUCAUAUCAAGAUCCAAAGACCACUGACAAGAAUAGUAAUCAUUACAGUGACACUACGGCAGAUGUUGACUAUGACGAAGAAUUUGAAGAACAUGAACACGGUAUAACUGUUGAAACAGUUGAUCCAAAAAAUAAUGAAUAUUUGGUUUUUGAAGAAAACCAAAUGCAGGAAUAUGCAACCGAUGACCAUAUAAACCCUCCUGAAUCUAGUGAAGCUGCGGUGGUAGCCAUCCCAGGAGCAAGCUGUGUAUCUAUACUUCAACAACUGAGAUGUUUGGAUAUCCAAAAUUUACUUAGAGGAAAGGACCGUUUUUACACAAGUCGUCCAUGUAUGUUAUGUGAACAACAAGGUAUUAAUACAUCGGUCGUGUAUCCAACUUUGAAACAACUUGCUGCUCAUUUAUAUAUGUCACAAGCAUCUACUACUUGGGAGCUGCCCGCCAGUUCACAUCGGGUUGGUAUGCACACUAACACUGCUGUAUUCUUACGUGAAUUCCAGCCAGUUCCAACAAAUACAGCCUACCAAUGUGGCUUCUUGGGUUGUGAUUUCAAGAAUAUUAAAGAAACAGCAGUAAAGAAGCAUUUAACUAAGCAUUUAACUGAAGCUGGCGUCAAAGAUAAGUCUCAUGAACAGGCUAUACAGGAAAUGGUUCAAGUCAUCGAGGAUAACAUUGGCUAUACUAUGUCACAGAACGAAAUUCAAGAUCUUAUAGAUAAAAGAGAAGAAAAUAGAGCCAAAGGACGAAAAAGAAGACAAGCAGCGAGGGAUUUAAAAGAGACAGCAGCGCUAGAACCAUCACAGAGCAAGCAGAAAAAGCGUUAA